GUGGCGGUAAUGCUCCCAAGAAGUGAGCGGACAUUAACAAGACGAAGAAGAAAACCCUUUACGUCAUGACGUUUGCGUUGGCGGCAUUUUUGUUUUCAUGUAUUGCGGAUGAUCACACCGGCGCGACUUUAUUAUAGACCACAUCACCACUGAAGCGCACAGCUAUGGCCCAGGACAUCUCUUUCUCUCAGUCUUCAGAGGACAUGGGUACUGCAAAGUCAGUGCUGUUGGAUGAGUGUGAGGAACAGUUUGGACUGCUUAAUAAGCUCCAAAAUGAGAUCAUUUUGGCAGACACCGAGUCUAAUGAUGCUGAAUCGAAUGAGGCAGUAAAUUGUUUAAAUGCAAUGACAGCUGAGCUAGAACAGUGGCAGGAAAUGGAACCAAAAUUAUUGCUGACAAAUCCUGAAGUUCUAUCAGCUGUUGGAAAGGAGGAGUUGCAAAGACUGAACAAUCAGCUUGGAAUGGUCCUGUCAUGUUCACAAGCAAGACUUGAUGCCCUGAAAAGGAUUUUGAAAAGAGAGCAGACCUGGCUGACAGAUAAAAAAGAUGUGUUGAAUGCAGUGUCUGAACGAGUCCUCAAAUUACAACAUGAAAACGAGAAAUUAUCUGAACACGGGGUUUUGCUGGAUAUGAAGAGAAAAAUUAACAAUCUAAAAGACUAUCAUAGCGGCCUCAUGGAAACGCUGAGUGACAUGCUAGAUGAGCACUUCCCACUUCCUGAUCCUCGCGAAAAUGGCACAAAGAAGAAAAGAGCUGCUGCAUUUGAUGCAGAGGUUAAAUUGAUUUCACUGAGUGAGAUUAUCGAGAAACUGACAAACAAAACCUUAGAAACUCCUCAUGACCCUUAUGUGACUACUGAUGACACUUUCUGGCAGCCGUACACAGAGAUGCUUCUCCGUAAUGGUGUUGCAAUAAGGCAUCCAGAUGAUUCCAGUAAAAUUCGUCUAGAAAUGUUUUUUUAAUAUAUGCAGCAUUUAACUGAAUUAUAACCUUGCAGAAAUCACACAAAUGUUAAAGAUUAAAACCUUUGUAAAUAUGUACAUAUAUUCCACAAGACACAAUAAUUACACCUUUAAUUCUGCUUAAAAUGUACCCUGGUGCAUAAUGUGCAACUUGUAUGGCAUUGUGUUUGGCAUUCCAAGUGGAUGCAAUAUUCAACUGUUGAACGUGACAUGGGAAUUUAACAAAUAAUAUGUGUCCUAUGGUGUGACAGCAGAAAUGUUUAAAUAAACUAACAAUAUGGA